AUGUCUUCCGGCUCUGUGUUUAUUCCAUAUCCAAUGAAGCAAUUGCUACGGCCCCGAUUCUCCUGGGCCAUGAUUUGGACAAUUCUGUCCAUGGCUGCUGCAAUGAAGCUCGGGCAGGAGUCGAACACCGAUGCGGAAGCCAUCCACACCGCAUACACCGCAGACUCUGAACACCUGCACGGGUCCGCAGAGAUGCAAAGUGCACUGCUGGCCCGCUCCUCCAGAAGCGCGUCGCAGAGUUCUGAUGCCUCACUCGAUGCCGCGGUGUCGGCAAAGAUUUUCGGCAGCAUCAUCGACACUUUUGAACAGCUUGGCACCGUUCUUACCGAUGCAGGCAUGGAAAUCGGCACGGCUCUGGGCAAUUCCGCCAUGGUCAUCGGCAAACAAGUCAUCGAACCACCGAGGUUGAAGUUCGACACGGACUUAAGAACUUUAGCCACUUCCAUCGGAACAGCUCCCCUAACGCUCGGCCGGUCGUAUACUGAUGUUAUAUCAGUUACUGCCACGCAAGCAACCCAGCUGGCACGAACCACCUUGGAGCACGCGAAGAAAGGAGUUGCGCAGGGCGAGAAGAUCGCCUCAAAGGUGGGGAACCUCAUCGUUGACAAGACGAGGGUCUUGGGAGACCCGAUCAACAAGGUUGGGCCUUUGGCUGCAGGCUUACUGAGUGACGCCUGGGCAGCGGUAAAGUCCUUCGUCAACUGCUUCGACAUCCAGGUCUCUCUUUGCCUCGUCCUGCUUGGGAGCCAGUGUGAUUGCGGUCCAGGAAAAAGCCACGUAAAUAUCGAUGACGACUGGAUGGAAGUGCGGUGUGUCUUCACGAGCACCUCCGAGUUUUCAAGAUCUUUUGGUGUCAGGGCCACACAGGACAGCGACGGCGACAGCAACCUCCUGCCCGGGGGCGAGUAUGAUGAGCCCUAUGCGACGUGGGAAGACAUAAAAACAUCCACAGGGGGCUUGCAGGAGAUGCAAGCGGAAGGCCCGGAGGGCCUCUGCGAAACGGAGCUGAAAGUGGCCGUGGACGGCAAGACGCUCUGGAGCCCGGACAUGACGGUGAAGGUCUGGGAGAACGGGGACACCUGGAUCAAGAUCAGCGGCUCAGUGCGGGGCUCCUACGACACGCUCGUCACCGGACAGGGCAGCUGCAGCUACACGCUCAGACGAGGUGUUUUGCGCCGGGAAGUUCUGCAUCUCGACUUGAUCGGGGCAUGCACGCAGAAGACCGUCAGCCUCAUGUACAGUGCAGGCGUCAUGGUGUCGCUUCAAAUGGUUGCAGAACUGGUUGGAGAGGGCGUCCUCACUGGAACCAUUGAUAUGUCGAACGAUGUCGAGUUCCAGAUCUCCGCCGACGUCUUCGUCAAGAAGAACGGCGAGUCCACAGUUUCUGUUAGCAGCAACCAAGUCAAGAAGCCGCCGAGAUCGGGGCGAGUGCAGAAGCAAGGUGUGGCCUAUGCCUGGUAUCCCGGUUACAUUCGCUCGCUCCUGGAGGCCUCGGACUCGGUGUCCCGGCCCUGGAACCGCUCAAAGGCAAGCUUGGAGAUGCUGGAGUCCAAGGCCGUGAGUUUGUACACCGACUUUACCAUCACCGGCUUCGGGAUCCCACAGUGGCUGAAAGAUUGGUUGAAGGACGAAUUUCUCCGGAGCAAGAUCAAAGCCGCCAUUAUAGAAGGUGCAAAAGCCAUGCUGGAGAUGUGGCCAGACUGCGUCCCUGGCAGUUCAGUCAAGUCCAAAAUCGAGCAGGCUGCCAUUGAUGCAGGGAAUGCUAUUGCGGCCCUGAUCCCCGGGCUGCAGCUCACGUGGGACUUGAAGCCGAUUCUCCUGCUAAAGCCCCAGAUGUUCUUCUGCAAGGAGGUGUGGACAUAUCCGGAGGAAAGAGAGGAUUUCGAGAAGGCCCCCUGCGCCGAAGACCUCGGGUGCCGGACCGCGGGCCAGGACCCGCCAGAUGAGUCGGAGGUGGAAAUGGUGCCGCCGGAGCAAGCGCAACCGCCGAGUGUAAGUCGGUCAGACGACGCCUCGUCCUGCCCCAGCAGUCUUAGAAUGGGCGACCGCGUGAUCGAGCUGGGCGACUUUCGCAUCGCCGAAAUUGAUCCGAGCCACCUGUCGAUCUCGCACAGGGACGGGAGGGUCGGCGCGGUGUGGAAAAGCGACGGAGCUACUUGGCGCGGCCAUCUUCGCGAAAGGAGAACAGAAACGACAUGGGCGAAAUACAAUGCUUGGGCAUUGAACAGGCCUGUUGGGCCUGGCAUGGGCAAAAACAUUAAGUUCGGCUACGAGUUUAUCCAGAUUGGCAAAUUCCGCCUCGGGACCAUCACCAACCAAGACCACUCAUACUUCUCGGUCUCGCAUGCGACAACCGGGAAGACCUCGAUGGUCUUGGAAGACGAUGGGACUUACAUGUGGGGACCCAGGGACUACGAUGUCAUGGAUCGCCCUGACGGAGUUGCGGCGGGCAUAAGUUAUGGGGACAGGUGGAUACAAAUUGGCGACUUCCGAUUUGGAGAUGCAGGCGGCGACUUUGCAUUUCUCCACACCAGCAAUGUCACUCUGGAAGUGUACACGAGCGCAGGUGACUUCAUAGAGUCGAAUGCUCGUGCAGGGAGAGGGGUCAGCCUGCUUGAUCUACAUCCGGCCAGUUGGACCUGCCCGAGCAUCGGAGACCUUGGGCACGGUAAGUGCAGCGAGGACUUCGGAGGGUGGGGCGAUCGCUUCGUCCAGCUGGGAGACUGGCGUCUGGCAGCUAUCGACGAGGACAACUUCGCCUUUGUGCACAAGAACGGCAAGAAUUCCGAGAUCUUCAAGAGCGACGGCAACCGCGUGUCGGGACGAUUCAGUGACAGCGUGUGGCGCAGGCCCCUCGGCUUUCCCCACGGCAUCACCUUCGGGCAAAACUUCAUCCAGAUCGGCAGCUUCCGCUUGACAGCCUUUGACUGGAACCACUUGUCCAUCUCUCACCAGUACGGGGACAGAUACUUGCAACUUGGCAGAUUCCGCAUCGGAGUCGCAGACGAUCCAGGUCCCGGCUUCAUUCAGUUCGGAGACUGGCGAAUGGCGGCCGUUGACAAAUACCACUUCUCCAUCUCGCACCGCUCCAGAUUGUCCUCCGUGAUUUACAGGGGGUCGGAUGGGACGGUCCACGCUGGACCCUUCCCCCACAACCCUCCUUCGAAAAACGGUUGGGACAAUCGCGAGUCCGGGUACGUUCCUGCGGGCGACCUGCAGGAGGUGAAGAUCGGAGAUCGUUUCAUCCAGUUCGGCAAGUUCUGGCGGGUGGGCGAAUUUAACGCUAUGCUCUCCAUCUCUCAUUCCGAAGGCCAGACACUGCUGGUCAUCCAGCAGGAUGGCACCAUGAUCGCAGGGCCCAGUACGGCUAACAACCUUUUCAUUCGUCGUGGUGAGCCCAAGGGUGUCACCUUUGGUGAUCGCUUCGUGCAAAUCGGCAACUUCCGACUCGGAGACGUGGACGGGUGGCACUUCUCUAUUUCGCAUGUGAAUACCGAAAAGCUGCUCGAUCUCUUCAAAGGAGAUGGAAGUCGGGAGCUGGGCAAUGGACGCACGAAUCAUAUGACGACACUUGGUCGUCCGCUGCAGGAUUGCAAGGUUUUCCCCGACAAGCCUCGCCUGUUCAGCUUCGACACUUUGUAUGCCUUCUACAACCCAUGGCACGAGCGCUACCUGAGUUUGAAUUCGGUGGCAGACAUGACAUCCACAGCGAUUUCUGGUGGGCCCAACGACUUGCCCUACAAUCGGGCACACGAGCGCUUCGCGGUCGUGAACGCCGGCAACGGCCUCUUUGGGCUUCACAAUGCCAAGAACAACAGGUUCAUGAUGCUGGAAGGAGUGGAGAUGAUGGCAUCUCCACUUCGAGCUGCUGCUUUCGGCGUGAAGAGUGGCUGGGUGAGUGUGAAAUUUGAGAUCGUCGAUGCAGGUGAUGGUAUGGUGGGACUCUACAGCCCCUUCCACAGGCGUCUCGCACAAAUGCGCCCCGAUGGCACCGUUCGAGCCACGAACUCACACGUUAAUGAUGCCCAGGACUUGCCAGCAAACACGGAUUGGAUCUGGGAGCGCUUCUACAUGGUGCCAGUAAAGAACUAUCUUCAGCCUGGCACCAUGGUGGGCCUGUGGAACCCAACUGAGAGGCGUUUCCUCCAAAUGGACAGCGGACGCAUGGAAGGCACCGGUCAACUUGACGCCAAUUUCCUCCAAGACAGGCAUACCUGGGAGCGGUUCCGGGUGUUUGAUGCUGGCAACGGGAUGGUUGCUCUGCACAACUACCAUUGGAACAGGUACGUUAGGAUGAUAUGGAAUGGGCAGCAGCAUGCGGUGGCUGUCAGCUCGGUGUCUCCGGACGAC